AAAUUGUUACCGUUGGACAGGAUAUUUUCCCAAAACCCUCCCGAUGGGUCCAUCAACGACCGAGGACAGAUCGGAAAUUGCCUUCUUCGACGUCGAGAUCACCGGUCCCCGAUCCGGACAGGGCUUUUCUAUUCUCGAAUUUGGAGCCAUCCUAGUGUGCCCGAGGACGCUUCGGGAGCUCAAAAGCUAUUCCACCUUCGUCCGCCCCGCCGACCCCUCACGGAUGACCUCCUUCUCGGACCGUUGUAACGGCAUCACUCGAGAUAAAGUUGAGUGCGCUCCCUUCUUUGUCGACAUUGCCGACCAAGUCUAUGACAUCCUCCACGGACGUAUAUGGGCAGGGCAUAAUAUAAUUAAGUUUGAUUGUGCAAGAAUAAGGGAAGCAUUUGAUAAGAUUGGUCGACCAGCGCCAGUGCCCAAGGGGAUUAUUGACUCAUUGACAUUAUUGACUCAAAGAUUUGGAAGGAGAGCAGGUGACAUGAAGAUGGCCACUCUGGUGAACUACUUUGGUAUUGGAAAGCAGAGUCAUAGGAGCUUGGAUGAUGUUCACAUGAAUCUUGAAGUUCUCAAAUAUUGUGCAACCAUUUUGUUAUUGGAGUCAAGCCUUCCUGAUGUGCUCAAGGCAAACAAUUCAAUCUCCCCAAUUCGUGUCACAAGAAGUUGUUCUAAAAGCAAGUCAUCUUCUGAGGGGGUUGGUGAGAAUCUUCUGAGUUCAUCUCCCACUAGUCAAGAGGCUGGGGAGCAGAAUCCUAUAUUAUCUCUUGUGACUCACAGCGCUGCAGAAGUUUCAAAUUUGGUUGCAACUGAUACAACUCAUCAAGAUCCUUUUGACAUGCGCACACUUUCUGACGAAAUAGCAACUGAGGUCCUUCAGUCUAAUGCCAACAUUGGAGAGCAACAUGGGCCAGACUCUCCUAAUAUGUCUUCCACAGCAGCAAGCCCUGAGGGUUGCAGUGGCUUUGCAGGCUUUCUGGAGCCCGAUGAAGUUUCUCUGACUUCUCUUAGUGCAUGUCUUGUCCCAUGGUUUCAUGGUAGCCAAAAAAUAGAAUUAAUGCACAAAGAUGUUGCUUUGCAGCUUUUUUGUUCCCGUUUGAGGGUCAGGUUUGGAGUAAGUACAAAGUUUGUUGAUAACUUUGGCCGGCCACGGUUGAACUUUGUGGUUGAUGCAUCUCCAAGUUUGUGUAGAGUUCUGGAUGAAUGUGACAAAAUUGCACAAAAAUUUUCAGUGGAAUCUGGAAGCAAAUCUGAGUGGAGGCAUGUUGUGAUCAAGUUCGGAAAGUACAACUACCCUACCAUAAGAGUACACAUGCCCAUAAUGUUCAAUGGGGGUAUUGAGCAAAUCAUGACAGAGCUAUGUCAGAGAGAUUGUUCUGGGUCGACUCAAAAGGUUGUCUUCAUUGGACUUGAAACGGCAGAGCUGAUUAACUUGAUCAGGCCAGGGACAUUGGUGGAUGCAUUCUUCUCCUUUGGUUCAUAUGACUAUCAGGGGAGUGCAGGCAUCCGCUUGGUGGCUAAGAAAUUGAUUAUCCAUUCUGAGGAAUGAAGGUGAAAUGCUCUCUGAAAUCCAUUUCAGAAUCUUGCCUUAAAUCUUUUUCCCAGCUUGUUUGGUUUGAAGGGAAGUGAAGGGAGAGAGAUAAAUUUUCCUAUUUGAAUAACAACAAUUUGAGAAAAGUAAAGAAAAUGGAAAUUA